AUGCCCUCGCGCUUCCCCUUCCUUUCCCCGGGCUGCUUCAUCCGCUUGCUCUCCGGUUCGGCCUCUUCAGAUCUGCUGCUGCUGCUGCCAAGGCGAGGCCAGUCGGCGCCGCGUGCCCGCGUACUGUUGAAAAUGGCGAUGAUGGUGGAUCCUCCUAAUGGCACGGGAAACCAUGGGAAGCACUACUACACGAUGUGGCAAACCAUGUUUGAGAUCGACACCAAGUACGUGCCGAUCAAGCCCAUCGGAAGAGGAGCUUAUGGGAUAGUUUGCUCCUCUACAAAUCAGGAGAACAACGAGAAGGUUGCGAUAAAAAAGAUAAACAAUGUCUUUGACAACCGCGUGGAUGCACUGAGGACGCUGCGGGAGUUGAAACUCCUUCGGCACUUGCGUCAUGAGAAUGUUAUUGCUUUGAAGGACAUAAUGAUGCCUGUACAUAGGAGGAGCUUCAAGGAUGUUUACUUGGUCUCUGAACUUAUGGAUACUGAUCUGCAUCAGAUAAUCAAGUCAUCUCAACCGCUUUCCAAUGACCACUGCCAAUAUUUCCUUUUUCAGCUACUCCGAGGUCUGAAGUACCUUCAUUCAGCAGGGAUACUCCAUAGAGACCUGAAGCCAGGGAACCUUCUGGUUAAUGCAAACUGUGAUCUGAAAAUCUGUGAUUUUGGUCUGGCUCGCACAAAUAACACCAAAGGUCAGUUUAUGACUGAAUAUGUUGUCACCCGCUGGUACAGAGCUCCUGAGCUGCUGCUCUGUUGCGACAACUAUGGCACGUCCAUAGAUGUCUGGUCUGUUGGCUGCAUCUUUGCUGAGCUACUUGGCCGCAAGCCGAUUUUCCCAGGAACCGAGUGCCUCAAUCAGCUUAAGCUUAUAGUUAAUGUCCUUGGCACCAUGAGUGAGAAUGACCUUGAGUUCAUUGACAACCCGAAAGCUCGCAAGUACAUCAAAUCCCUUCCAUACACCCCAGGCACUCCCCUCACUAGUAUGUACCCACAAGCACAUCCUCUUGCCAUUGAUCUGUUGCAGAAGAUGCUUGUCUUCGAUCCUUCCAAAAGGAUUAGUGUCACUGAGGCUCUGGAGCACCCCUACAUGUCUCCUCUGUAUGACCCAAGUGCGAACCCUCCUGCUCAGGUGCCCAUCGAUCUUGAUAUAGACGAAAACCUCGGCGUGGAGAUGAUCAGAGAAAUGUUGUGGCAGGAGAUGCUACAGUACCACCCUGAGGCUGCCAGAAUGGUGAAUAUGUGA